AUGGAAAAGCCACCGUCUCCGACUCUAAUGGAAAAUGCUUCAAUUCGCGCCAACCUCGAGGAUCUUCCCAUCGCCGAGGUCUCGUGGCUUGAGUCCAAGCUGAAGCCAAAGACCGUUCAUGCUCGCUAUCCUUUCAAAGGCAAGCCUCUUCUCUGGAUGACUUGCGCUUUUGGAAGUCUUGGAGAUGCUUUGUUUGGCUAUGAUCAGGGUAUCGUGGCCGGUCUUCUGGUCAACCCAGUGUUCCUCGCGAGAUUCUUCUCCGAAUACGGCGGCGCGGACGGAACGAGCGAGAAUAUCGAUCCUUCAAUCACAGGCAUCCUCGUUGCAUGUCUUCAAGUCUCGGCGGCUCUCGGCUCCCUAAUUGCUGGCAGUCUCGGCGACGUGAUAGGAAGAAAGAGAUGUGUGAGAUUAGGCGGUUUCAUUUACUUUGCCACCGCCUUCAUUCAAGCUUUCGCCCCUGGGUUCAAGACAUUUGUUGCCGGUCGGACUCUCCAGGGCUUGGGCGUUGGUUUCCUUUCCAUGACUGUUCCUGUCAUUCAGACUGAGAUCGCCGCGCCACAUCGCCGUGGUCUCAUGGUCGGCGUCGAAUACACAUUCCUUAUUGGUGGCUACGCACUUUCAACCUGGGUCGACUUCGGCUUCUACUAUCUCAUUCCCAAAAGCGAGUCGUGGCAGGGGCCCUACUUUAUCCAAAUGGGUCUUGCAUUUAUUCUCUUCUCCAUAUCGUUUAUUCUUCCCGAAACUCCCCGGUGGCUGGCACGCAAUGGUUUUGCGAAAGAAUGUCUUCAAACCGUGGCAGAUCUGCAUACUCCAGAUGGAAAUACGCAGGCCGAGCAUGUUCAACAGGUUAUGUUGGAGAUCAAAGAGGCUGUGUGCUACGAAGCGAGUUUAAAACAGUCAACUUGGCGGGAGAUGUUUACUCGUUACCGGAAACGUACCAUUGUUGGCAUCACGGCACAGAUGUUUGCUCAGCUCAACGGCAUCAACGUCAUCUCCUUCUAUCUACCUACAACCCUCGCUAAGGCUGGUAUGAGCCAGGAAAAGUCUUUGCUCUACACAGCUGCCAACUCUAUCCCGUAUGUUUCUGCUACUAUCCUCACUUGGUGGUUGGCUGAUAGAUGGGGGCGACGCCCGCUCUUGAUUCUGGGUGGUAUUCUUAUGGCGAUAGCCCUCUGCAUUGUUUGUGCCUUUACCGAAGCCCAUAUCCAUAACGCCAGUACACGAGCGCACGGCAUCUACGCUUUCGUCGUCAUUUACAACGCUAUCUACGGCUUCACCUGGGGCCCAAUUCCUUGGUUGCUACCUGCCGAGGUCUUCCCACUGCGUGCUCGAAGCAAAGGCAUGGCCCUUGCUACAUGCUCCAACUGGCUCUUCAACUUUGCCAUUGGUAUGUCGGCCCCGGACGCAUUCGACGGCAUUGGAGGAUACUACUACGUGAUCAUUGCGGGAUUCUGCCUGAUAUCCGUCGGACUUGCAUACUUUUAUUAUGUUGAGACAGCUGGCCAUACGCUUGAAGAGAUUGCAUUGGCAUUUGGUGAUAAAGCGUUUGUAGAUGAUGAUGGGGCGGUCGUUGGAGCAGCACAUCUAAGAAGAGAUGAUGCCGUCAAGUCCGUGGCUGCUUGA